AUGACUUUGUUCGAAUCAUUACCCAAUGAAUUAUUGCUUAAUUGUUUUGAAUAUUUUGAUGCUUGUCAUCUACUUGCUGCUUUCUGUCUUCUUAAUUCUCGAUUUGACAAAUUACUUUACAAAUAUUUUCGAGCAUAUCAUCUCGAUCUACGACGCAUAUCUAAACAAGAUUUCAAUAUUCUAUGUAAACAACAUCUUUUUCUAAUCAUUGAUCGUAUUAUUUCACUUCAUCUAGCAGAUUAUAAUGAAACUCCAGGUUUGCUUCAUCGUUUUUUCUUUCAUGGUUUUCUUAUCGAUCAAUUUAUUCAUUUGAAAAAACUUGCAUUAUAUCGUAUUGAUUACAUAAAUGUAAUUAAGUUGCUAGGUGAUCGACAUCGUCUGUUACGUCUGUGUCAUAUAAGCAUCAGUGAAUGUAAUAUGUCUAUUAUACCACGAGAUGCGUCUUAUUCGAUCAAUCAAAUCUGGAAUCUACCGAAACUCACAUAUCUCGGUUUGGAGCGUUGUCAUCUACUUGAGAUUGAUUUUAGUCGAUUAUUAGGAAUGUCAUCUACUAUUGAACAUCUCUCAAUUCAAGCGGGUAUGGGAUGUUCAUUUAAUAAUAUAAUUCAGAUAUUACAACAUACUCCUAGUAUGCGAAUUCUUUCUAUAACUGUUGAAUCGGAGGAUGAGAAUGAACAAUUGCCAAUCAUGUUUACACCAAUUACUACAUUAAAACUCCAGUUUUAUGGUACGACACGUGCAUUAAAUAGUUUUCUUCAAAAUAUGUCUAAUUUACAUAAUUUAACAAUCGAUAUGAUUGAUAAUUACAUGAAUGGUCAUGAAUGGAAACAGAUUAUAGUCGAGCAUUUAACCAAGCUCAAGACACUUCGAUUUCGUAUGCCUAUUUAUGGAUUAAAUAGCCAUGGUAUAGAAAAGGAAAUUGAUGAAUUACUCGAUACAUUUCGAACUCCAUUUUGGCUUGAUGAACAUCAAUGGUAUGUUCGAUGUGAUUGGUACUCUGAUUUCACAUCGAGUUCGGGCUGUCUUUAUACCUUACCAUAUACCUUCGAUCUAUUUACUGGUACAGCGUAUAAACAAUCGAAGUGGACUUGUCCUGAGGAUACAAUGUACUGGAUAUUUGAUCGCGUGCAAAAACUCACUUUUCGAACUUCCAUAAAACAACCAUUUGAUAUACACUCUAUCUACUUGCCUAACAUUCAUGAUAUUAAAACCAAUCUUCCAUUACCCGAUAAGCUAUGGUCCGUCAUACCAACAUUUAAUCAUUUGACUUCAUUAAGUGUAUCAUUAUCGGAAGGAGAUACUUCGUUUAAUCUUCAAACUCUAUUAGAUCAAGCGCCUCAUCUUUAUACAUUAAUGAUCGAAGAUGAGAAUUUAUCAGCAUUACGAGUUGUAUCAAGACUUACAAGUGUAUCAAUUCGUCAGCUUGUAUUUAUUCCGUGUCUUUUACCGGAUACACAUUUUUUUGAUGAUGCCGAUUGCGCUGCAUUUGCUAGAUCAUCACUUGCACGUCAAUGUGAAGUUCUUGAAAUUCACAUUCGAUCGCGAGCAAGUGUGAUGAAUCUUAUACGUACAAUGAUCAAUUUGAGAGCAAUGACAAUUUACGUUAAAGAUGAUGAUGAUAUGCAAUCAUCACCAGUCAAGCACUUACGUCGAAACUUUCUGACACGGAAAACAAACUCUAUGAGAGAUGGACUGAACUCUCUCUGGAGAAAGUUAAGCAUUCAAAAACGAAAAUUAGGUACCAUGAAAAACACUACUGAGAACGACGCAAGAUCCUCAUAUAAUACGGAACCUGAAUUAAUUGAAUGGUUACAAAAUAAUGCUCAAAGACGAUGCUGGAUUAGUUGUAGUAGUGGUUGGACAGGUGAUUUUUAUGUGAAAUGUUGGAUUGACUGA